AUUAGCAGGGGCCCAUCCACAUGAUUUAGAAAUCAUGUGCCGAGCUGUGCGACGUCCAAGUUAUACCUCCCUACUAUUUCAGCAUCCUUCCCAGCAAUAGGAAAAAAGGAGAAGCCAAACAAGCAAAAGUUUUCCUCUGACUGGCGAAAAGAGGAAUCGACAUGGAUGAAAGCGAGCUGUUUGUGUGACUAAACAAAAAGACUGGCGCAAACACUCUCCACACGGUAAAAGAAUGAUAACAUAGCCAGGACUUUGUUUGCUUUUGUAUGAGAGGACACAAAAACCUAAACUGUGGGAAAGUUUGAGGCAGGGACUGGCUAUGGCGCGGGAGAGCGAAGACGCCGGGAUGGCCAAAGCUUCAAAAGUCAAAAGGCAGAAAAAGAAGAAGACCAAAGAGAACAAAACCAGGACUGUCCAAGCAAACAUACUGUAUGACAACGCUAAAGGAGAGGAAAACCCGAACCGACACUAUGCAAACAACAAGAUUAAGACCACCAAAUACACUGUGCUGUCUUUCCUGCCAAAGAAUCUUUUCGAACAGUUCCAUAGGUUCGCCAAUGUUUACUUUGUUUUUAUCGCUUUGCUGAAUUUUGUCCCAGUUGUCAAUGCCUUUCAGCCAGAACUCGCUCUGGCUCCCGUAGUUUUCAUUUUGUCUGUCACUGCCAUCAAAGACUUAUGGGAAGACUACAGGAGACACAGGUCGGAUAAAGAAAUCAAUCACAUGGAUUGUCUGGUCUAUAGCAGAGUGGAAAGACGCUAUGUGGAGAAGUACUGGAAGGAGGUGCGGGUGGGAGACUUCAUCAGGCUGCGAUGUAACGAGAUCCUCCCUGCUGAUGUUCUGCUGCUGAGCUCCAGUGACCCGGACCGUCUGUGCCACAUCGAGACCGCCACACUGGACGGAGAGACCAACCUCAAGCAGAGGCAGGUCGUCCGCAGCUUCUUUGACCUGGAUUGUGAUUUUGACCCCUUAAAAUACAACAGCGUAAUUGAAUGUGAAAAGCCCAACAAUGACCUGAACAGAUUCCGAGGCUACAUAAUCCAUCGAAGUGGCAGAAGAGAUGCACUUUACAAAGAAAACCUGCUGCUGCGAGGCUGCACCAUCCGCAACACAGAGGAGGCUGUGGGAAUAGUCAUUUACGCAGGUCAUGAGACCAAAGCCAUGCUGAAUAACAACGGCCCGCGCUACAAGCGCAGUAAACUGGAGAGACAGAUGAAUGUAGAUGUGUUCUGGUGUGUCAUCAUCCUGCUGGUCAUGUGCCUGUUUGCUGCUGUGGGUCAUGGGCUGUGGAUGUUUCAGUAUGGAGAUAAGAGACCUGUGUUUGACGUUCUUAGUCCAGAGGGGACAGACUUAUCACCCAUCAUGUCAGCCAUUUAUCUCUUCCUCACCAUGAUCAUCGUCUUUCAGGUGCUGAUACCCAUCUCCCUUUUUGUGUCGAUUGAGAUCGUCAAGAUCUGCCAAGUGUACUUCAUCCAUCAGGACAUGGAUCUGUACGAUGAGGAGACAGACUCUCACCUGCAGUGCAGAGCUCUUAAUAUCACUGAGGAUCUCGGCCAGAUGCAAUACAUCUUCUCUGACAAGACAGGCACGCUGACAGAGAACAAGAUGGUGUUUCGUCGCUGCACUGUGGCAGGGGUGGAGUACUCCCAUGAUGCCAAUGCGAGGAGACUUGCUAUGUACCAGGAGAUGGAUUCUGAAGAAGAAGAGUGCACAUCUCACGGUGGCACCCUGCCCAGGCGGGACAGUGUGACCAGCCACCAGAGCGCCCCGGUGGUGCUGCGCUCCCAGAGCACCAAGUCCCACCGCAGGACAGGUAGCAGGGCGGAGGCCAAGCGGGCCAGCAUCCUAUCCAAGCACACGGCCUUCAGUAGCCCCAUGGAGAAAGAUAUCACCCCCGACCCUCAGCUCCUAGACAAGGUCAAUGAAUGCAGCAGUCAGAUGGACUUCAUGCGCUUUCACAGCCAGCCCAUGUCCCAGCUGCCCUCUGACCUCUCAGACAUCAUCGAUUUCUUCAUCGCUCUCACCAUCUGCAACACGGUGGUGGUGUCCUCCCCCAACCAGCCCAGGCAGAAGGUCCGGAUGAGGUUUGAGCUGAAGUCCCCAGUCAAGACCAUCGAGGACUUCAUCAAACGCUUCACCCCCAGUCGACUGACCUCAGGCUCCAACAGCAGCAGCUCCUCCAGCCUCAUCACAAACCGCUCCUCCAACAAGGGAUGCUCUAGCAUGCUGUCCUCACCCUCUGCAGAGAGCACGCUCACCAAACUGGAUGAGGAGCGGCCUCCCAGGGGCCUGGACCAUGCCUUCAGCCCCGUCCCGCCCUGCUAUGACGGGAAGGCAUGGGACAAGGAGGAGGGUGAGCUACGCUAUGAAGCGGAGUCCCCUGAUGAGGCUGCGCUCGUGUACGCCGCCAGGGCCUACAAAUGCUCCCUUGUCGGCCGUCUCCCCGACCAGGUGACUGUGGAACUGCCACACCUGGGGAAGCUGAGCUUUGAGCUGCUGCACACUCUGGGCUUCGACUCCACCAGGAAACGCAUGUCUGUGGUGGUCAGACAUCCUCUGACGGAUCAGAUCACUGUGUACACUAAAGGAGCAGACUCUGUCAUCAUGGACCUCAUCAAACCGCCCAACACAGGUAACUCCAAAGGGAAACGCCAGAAAAAGAUUGUCUACAGGACCCAGAACUACCUGAACCUGUAUGCUGCAGAUGGCCUUCGCACACUGUGCAUUGCGAAAAAGAUCCUGAGCAAGGACGAGUAUGCCUGCUGGCUGCAGCGCCACCUGGAGGCUGAGACGGCCAUUCAAGGCAGAGAGGAGCUGCUCUUUGAGUCGGCCCUGCGACUGGAGACAAACCUCCAGCUUUUGGGAGCGACGGGCAUUGAGGACCGUCUGCAGGAUGGGGUGCCUGAAACUAUAGCUUCUCUGAGGAAGGCCGGCCUGCAGAUAUGGGUGCUGACAGGUGACAAACAAGAAACAGCCGUAAAUAUAGCAUAUGCCUGCAAGCUGCUGGACCCAGAGGAGGAGAUCCUGACACUGAAUGCUGAUUCUCAGGAGGCGUGUGCGUUGCUGCUGGAGGAGAGUUUGCACUACAUCCAGGCCAAAUUCCUCUGCAGCUCUACAGACCAAGCCGCCAAGGCCUUCCACACUAACUUUGCACCAUUUGAGAUCUACCCCUCUUCAUCUCCGUCCUCCUCAUCCUCCCACACUGUUCCCUUCAUGGUGCACCGGCUGGGCCUGGUAAUUGAUGGGCGGACCUUAGCCUAUGCCCUGGAUAAGAGUUUGGAGGAUAAAUUUCUGGCUGUAGCGCGGAGCUGCCGUUCAGUGCUCUGCUGUCGCUCCACGCCGCUACAGAAGAGCAUGGUGGUCAAACUUGUGCGGAACAAGCUGAAGGUCAUGACUUUGGCCAUAGGUGAUGGGGCAAAUGAUGUCAGCAUGAUCCAGGUAGCGGACGUAGGCGUUGGGAUCUCAGGACAGGAGGGCAUGCAGGCGGUGAUGGCGAGCGACUUUGCUCUCCCACGUUUCCGGUAUCUCCAGAAGCUUCUGCUGGUCCACGGACACUGGUGCUACUCCCGCCUGGCUAACAUGAUUCUCUAUUUCUUCUACAAAAAUGCUAUGUUUGUAGCGCUCAUCUUCUGGUAUCAGUUCUACUGUGGAUUCUCAGGUUCUGCCAUGAUUGACCAGUGGUAUCUUAUCUUCUUCAACCUGAUGUUCUCCGCCUUCCCACAACUCAUCACUGGCACUCUGGACAAAGACGUGUCAGCAGAGACUCUUCAACAACUACCUCAUCUCUACGUGAACGGCCAGAACUCUGAGGAAUAUAAGCCAUAUAUGUUCUGGAUGAACAUGAUCGAUGCCUUUUACCAAAGUCUGGUCUGCUUUUUCAUUCCUUACUUUGCCUAUGCUGACUCUGACGUGGAUCUGUUUACAUGGGGAACUCCCAUUACCACCCUCGCUUUAUUCACCAUUCUGCUGCACUUGGGCAUUGAGACCAAAACCUGGACCUGGAUGAACUGGCUGUCUAUCACCUUCAGUAUAGCCUUAUUCUUCACCGUAGCUCUGUGCUACAACGCCUCCUGUCCCACCUGCUACUCCCCCUCUAACCCCUACUGGACCAUGCAGAGGCUGCUGCAGGACCCACUCUUCUACCUGCUCUGUGCCAUCACACCUGUAGCAGCACUGCUGCCUCGAUAUUUCUACAGGGCGUGUCAAGGCACUCUGUUUCCCAGCCCAGUCCAAGUUGGAAGGCAGUUGGAUAAACUCCCCACUGAAAUCCGCAGGAACAUCCUCAGCCUAAGCAGGGUCAAGGUGGGGUCACCACUCAGCCCCAAGCCUCCCUUCCUGUCCCUCGCCAAGCCUUCCCCUAAAGGUUGCAAUAAAAAAGACCAGAGGAGCUUCCCCAGCUCCAACACACCACCAGCCAAAAAGGGCCCUGUCUCACAAGCAGAUGAAGAGAAGGGCCAGAGAAGCCAAGUGCAGCCCUCAGACAGUGUUAGGAGCCACUCAGAUCUCUACACAUUAGUUGCUACAGAAAUAGACACUCUUCCUUACACCAAAGACGCUCCUACCACUCUCGGGGGAGCAACAGCCUCCUUCAACCAAAGUCUCUGAGUGUCUCGAUAAAACUUUAGAGCUGUCAGAUCAGAGUCUGUCUAGCUGGAUCACCUCCACGCCUCUGCCUGCACAGACAGACAGCGUCCAGCUGACUUUGCCCCCUGACAGAGACUCGCAGUGUGUCAAAUAUAUGAGGAACUCCGAGGAAAGACUCAAGUCUGACCACACAGUUCAUCCAGCACACAGGACAGAGCAAGUGGCAGAACAGCUGCUGCACACCACCUUGUGAUGUCUUACAGUCUUAAGUAUGUCAACUCAAACAACAAUUUGCACGAUAGUUUUUUAAAAUCUAGUUUUAUUGUAUUUUACAUGGAGAUUCUUUUAUAAAAGAUACAAAUAGGUACUUUAUAUUUUGAAAGUUUAAAGCUAAAGAUAUUUCUGAGGUUUGGGAGAUGGAAGAACUGGAAUAUCUCCUGUUUGUUUUUGUGUUUUUUUUUUUUUUUCCCUUAUCCUGGGAACAUUUUAUUCGCAAAAAAGUAUCUCAGUAUUUGAUCAGGUUUUAUUGUAAAGAAGAGCAGAGUAGAGACAUUCCACUGCCUGGUACCCUGUUCAUUCUUUCAGCUCGGCCUGUACAUGCCUUUAGACCUGGAUCAGAUGCCACUGUGGCCUUGAAUUAGUGUUGGUAUUCCUGAGGAGUGAAGUUUUUUAAGUUUUAAGUCUCCACAGAAACACCAUUGAUUUUCUGUAUGAGGAUUUCCAUGCAGAUAAUCCCAGAGUUUAUUUUUACAUAUGUAACUAAAUAGUGGCAUUGAUUCAGAGCACAUUUGUCUUGUUGCUGGAUUUCUUUGCUAAAUUUUAAAUACUGAAAAGUGUGUUUGACAUUUAUGUUGUUCAGUACAUUCCACUGAAAAAUUGUGAGAGACUUUAAACAUAAUCACAUCAGGAGUAUAUUCCAAGAAAUUUAAUUUUCAUUCCAGUCUUUACACAGCAAAGGUCUGCCAGAAAUUAUGCUCUAUUUGUGUGUGUGUGUGUGUGUGUGUGUGUGUGUGUGUGUGUCUGUCCACUGACUCAUUGGAUCGGUUAUAACAGUGCCAGCCAGUCUCACAAUUUGGGAAAUAUGUUUGUUUGCUUUCUCACGGAGAGUUAGAUGAGCUGAUCAAUACCUCUCUCAUAUCCGUCCAUCAGCCAGGCCAGCUGGUUGCCAUGCUUCCAGGCUACAUGCUAAGCUAAGCUAACCGCCAUCUGGCUUUAGCGUCAUAGUUAACAUACAGACAUGACAAUGUCAUGAUCAAUGAUGCAGUAUACAGCAGACAGUUAGCUUAGCUUAGCAUAAAGACUGGAAACAGAGGGAAACUGCUAGCUUUGAUAGCAGCUGGCUCUUUUCAAAGCUAGCAAAAUCUGCCUACCAGCAUGUCUAAAGCUCACAGAAUAAGAUUUUAUAUCUUGUUUGUUUAAGCUAAGCUGACUGUAUCUUAGCUGUUCUUUCAUAUUCAGUGUAGAGAUGAGAGUGAUAUCAAUCUCCUUAUCUAAUUGUCAGUAAGAAAGCAAAUAAGCGUGAUUCCCAAAAUGUCAAACUAUGUCUUUAGGCACUGUACAGUAGGUUGACAACAAACUACCAUCAUGUUUCAUAAACCAGUUUACUUGAAAGUCCUUUUUUAACAGUUUCAUGCAUUGAGUUGAUCUUAACCCAGUGUUAUCUUCUUUCUUUUUUUUCUGCUGGUGUUCAGUUGUAAACCAAAAACUGAAUGGCGAAAGAAGGUAUUUUCCAAAUGUAAAAGAUGCGGCUUAAAGAUUUAAAUUUGCACUUUGAGAGCAUUAUUUCAGAACUACCAAUGAGUAUUGUUGGUGCUGCUGACAUGUUCAGAUGCAGUAUGAAAAGGAUGGGGAGUUGUAUUCAUUUUACACUUUUUCAAACAUGAUGAUGUAUUUGUCAUCAUUAACGAACUAUAGUUAAAGUAUGGAACAUUGGAAAGAUGCUAUAGUUUGUUUACUUAUUUAGCAUUUAAAGCAGCAGCACCUUUGAUAUUUUAUGAUUGUUGUAUCUCAUUGCAGUACAUUUUUGUAAAGUGUAUCAUUUACCAAAGAUCAUUUAUAUUUCUGUAUUUUCUAAGCAAUAGUAUGUGCAUUAACACUGGAUAAAAAAUUACAAUUCUAAGAUUUUUGCUUAUGAUGCUGAAGUUGUACUUGUUUAAAGAUGACAGUGCAUCUUUGUUCAAUAAGGAGCAUUUAGUGUUCAUGUAGAUGAUAUUUAUGGGGCUACAUGCUAUGUGGUUUCUCUCCUCUUGCCUGUUUUUUGCACACGGUGCUUUCCUCUGGCAUGUAGCUCAGAUUCUGACUCUGCAGUCUGUCCACUUUGUUUUAUAGGUUCUGUCUGUUCUGUACUCUUGGCGUCACACUUGCAAUGCAUUUGUGCCAGAAUGAAGCUCAAGCAUAUUUACUGCCGCAUACCCACUUCACAAAUUCACAAAUUCCUCACAGGAACGUUCACUCUUGGUGCACAUGGUCUUGAACAUAUCUGAACAUUGUUUUUCAUUUGUAUUUUGGUUACAAGGUAGGUCUGUUUUUCACAUUUUAGGGGGUGACUAUCUGCUGUUGAGUCUUGAGCUCAUCAUUCAAGGUGUUAAUCAAAAUAUCUACUAGACUCAAGAUCAUUAGAGUUCUGGUUUGGUCCAGCCUCUCUGAAUCAAUGGGUUGUAGCAAACUGGAAAAGCCACAGAGUUCCAGCCCACAGCAGCAACAUACAUUUCAUCACCUCACACAUGUCAACAACUUGGAAAAACUAUAAUUUAAAAUUUUGUUCAGAUAAACAAGUUUUUCUCAUACGUUCCUCUUUGUUCUUGGAGCAAUUGAAAAUUACUUGUAUCAUGGCUACUUGUGAACAAAAUAAAAAUGUUAAUAAAGUAUUAAUCCUUUA